CCACCACAUCCCCCACCUCUUCAUCAUCAUCUCCCCGCCACCGCCAAUGUGGAAUGCUGGGGCAAGCAUCGCAGAGAAGAAUCAGCAGCAAAGAAGAUGGUGCAAGUGACGACGGUAUAUCCAUCCGCAUACUUUACACCUGCCGAAGUGACAUUUCUGUCCUGCGUACCCAGCGAUCAGAGAAGUCUCCCCGGCGCCGCCGCCGCAUCCUCCUCCUCCUCCUCGUCAUCAUGGCACCCGCAAGCGCACAGUCUGGACGUAAAGACGACGCAAUCCAUCCAACAUCUCCUCGCGCUCAUACAAUCCCUCGGCGCAGCUUUGCGCUUCCCGCAAAGAACUUGCAGCACGGCGCAAGCGGUGCUGCUGCGUUUGCUCUUGCAUCACGGAGCCAAUGGCAAGAGGAUGGCGGGCAUGCUGCUGAGCGGCGGCGGUGGCGGCGGCGCUGGGGGGCAAGAGGGGCAGCAAGGGCAGGGGCAACAGCAGGGGCAGCAGCAGAGAGAGGCUUUGGCUUGCGCUUGCAUCGCUUUGGCGGGCAAGCUGAACGAUACGAAUAGAAAGAUGAGGGAUGUGCUUUUGGGAAGUUAUAAGCUCAGGUUUCCGGAUCUGGUCAGGAGGGGAAGAGUGGUGGGUGCGGGUGCGGGUGCGGGUGGCAGAGCUGCAAGUGCCGCUGGACGCGCCUCGAAUGCGACAAUGUUCAGGCUUGGGAAUGUGGCAGAGGCGGACAUUGACUCCAACGUGAGUGUGUGUGUGCGCGCGCGGGCGGGCGGGGCCAAUGCCUUUUUUCGUUUCGCCCCCCCCCCUCUUCCCUCAACUCAUCUCGUUCUACUUGAAUGGGACCGCAACAGGCGCUGGAGAUGGAGAGGAGGAGAUUGUUGGGUUUGGAACGCAUGCUGUUGGAAAGCGUGGGAUUCGAAUUCGGAGCUUCGAACAGGGUUCAGAGGACUUUGAGAUAUCUGAUCAAGAUGAUGCGCAAGUUGGGUGUGGGUGUGGGCGUGGGCGUGGGCGUGGGUGCGCAGAGUACGAGCGGGUCAGAUGGAGCAGCAGCAGCAGAAGCAAAAGAAGCGAAGGACCCAGCGUCGCACUGGCAACAACGAGGAUCGCAGCAUUUCGACUUCGAGUUUGAAUCGACGGCUUGGCAAGUGUUGACGGAUCUGUUCAGGA